CCAUUCCUGAAUCCUGGCCUGCGUUGCAGCUUCUCUCGCGCCACCAAACGCAACCGGAUCGCGUGCGAAGAUGUGUGCGUUUGGGCUCCCUCCCCACUCGCGCUUCUUCCCGGAUUCGUCGGACAUCGUUCCCGCGGCCCACCACCUCCUCACCCUCUCCACCACUGUCCGCCGCAAGCAGGUUGCCUCCUUCCUCUGCUCUUCUUUACAGGAAUUCUGUCGUUUUAAUCAUUUGCCUAGAGUCAAGGAUGUUUGGCGUAAAAGAGUACCUGUACCGGAGGGAUUUGCUUUCCUGGAAACAUUUUCUGAUGUCGUCUCAGCCACAUGUUCAUCUUGCUUAUGUUUCUUUAGUGGGAAAGAAACAGACAAGGACUGGGGAGAUAAGGGAAAGUCUCGUUUUGAGACUGCUAGCAGAAAUUAUUUCGAUGGAAGGCUAUGGACCAAUGUCCUUCUUGCCAUGAAUGUUAUGGUUUAUGUUGGGCAAAUUUCUACCCAAGGGAAGCUGAUGCUAUGGGGAGCGAAGAUUAAUAGCCUCAUCGAUAGAGGGCAAUUAUGGAGAUUGGUUACUUCAUCGUUUCUGCAUGCGAAUAUUGGGCAUCUCAUGGUCAACUGUUAUUCUUUGAACUCUGUUGGUCCUGCUGUGGAGAAAGUCAGCGGGCCUAAAAGAUUUCUUGCAGUUUACUUCACUUCAGUGCUUGCAAGUUCAGCAAUGAGUUACUACUUCUGUAAAGCACCUGCUGUUGGCGCCUCUGGAGCCAUUUUUGGACUUGUUGGUUCAUUUGCUGUGUUUAUUUUGAGGCAUAGAAAUCUCAUCGGGGGCGGGAUGGAAGAUUUGCAGCAUAUCGUGCGUGUGAUUGUCCUAAACAUGGCUAUUGGGACUUUGUCAAAAGGCAUCGAUAACUGGGGUCAUUUGGGGGGCUUGCUUGGUGGAACUGCCAUGUCAUGGUUCCUGGGCCCUGCAUGGAGAUAUGAAUCUAGAUUAGGUGAUGGGCGAUCCGUUUUUACAGAUAAGGCACCUAUUGUCAAUCUGUUUGGCUGGAAAGGAAGGAUGCGAUAGAUCAGACGGGUAUUAGUUUUGCGACUGUGCUGUUGAAUUCUCCCCCUUCUUUUUGGACCUGUUUGGAUUGUGAAUUGCAUCAGUAAUUUGAUGUAAAAGCACCAUCAUUAUGAUUUUACAACAUUUGUUUAAACUCAUAAUUCGGCGGUCAAAUGCAGAUGUAAUAGGAGAUAGGAAAAGAAUUUGUAAUCACUACAAUUUUAUAAUGUA